AAGAUCUGUAGCGUAACAUCCGGCGACCGAUUAUUCUGCUGAGUGACGAUUUUGUGGACCAAUGGGCGAGGGCCGAGGGCGGUGGGCGGCAUUUCCUGUGGCGGGGCUGCUGGAUCUUGGGGCCCUGUGAAGGACACGGAGAGCGGCUGAGUGAAGUUUGUGUGAGGGGUGAGAAUGGCGGGACAUGAUGCUGGCGGUCACCACCAGUUUACUGGCUUCCAGAAGUACUUCAACGCCUACACCUACACAGGGAGGAGGAAUUAUGUGUUAGCUACAUAUACAGGGAUUGCAGCGAUAUGCUUGUUCUUCAAACUGAGAUCCAAAAAGAAGGCACCAUCAGCAAUCACAGAAAAGAAAUGAUAUGUGGUUCUCCUCUGGGCAGGGAAAGUGGAGUUUAAGGACCAGCGUGUGAAAUCUGUGUGAAUGUUCAAAACCUCUGCAAUCGUGUCACUAUAGUGGUGUAUUAUAAGUUAUCAGCGUUCACAAAUAAAACUCAUGGGACUCUA